AUGACUGUAGAAUUGUUCAGUCUUGCUUUGGCAGACUUCCUAGUUGCAACUCUGGAGUUAGGAGUCGUGUGUAUGGACAUCGUGGAUAGAGCAACUCCUUUGAUCUCUGUCGAUCUUCAAGCGUUGUCACGUGUUCAUUUCACCUGGGCGGUCAACGCUGCAUAUUUAACUUCCUGUUGGAUCACUGUAAUUGUAUCGCUAGAAAGAUGUUUCAGCGUGGCCUACCCGUUUCAAGUAAAACAGCUUUUUACGAUGCAGCGUAGCUCUCUGGCGGUGCUGGCUGUCUACGUGAUUCACAUUGUCAUGUUUGUUCCAGGGUUCGUUAUUGAGAAGAUGGAAUGGGUUAACACUGUGACUCAGAACCACAACAUCUCUGACGACUCCGAUGCUGAGAGAUGGAUCUACACCGUUGUCUACUCCUACGCCACCGCCAAAGUGGAGACAGUUCUACGUAUGACUUCUGGUCUCUUUCUCUUCUCCGUAUCACAGUCAGUGCUCUUCGUGUGCUCUGUAUGGAUGACUGUCGCCUUAAAAACUUCAGCAAGAAUUCGCGUCCAAAUCGAUGUCUUUAAAGAAACAGACAACAGCCAAACACAGCUCACCAAGAAAGAGACAAGGCUACUGACAGUGGUCCUAUUUCUAUCGCUUCUUCACCUAGUGUGUAACUUGCCCAGAUUGUCACUAUCUGUCUUCUUUUACACGUAUCCAUGGAGCAGUGCUGUCUACCAGAGAAACGCCAUUAACAUCAUGUGGGCAAUAAUGGCCGUCUUCAGCAACGUCACGUGUUGUAGCAGCUUCUGUGGUUACUAUCAGUUAAACUCAAAGUACAGAAAAAUAGUCCAUAUGAUGUUUCAAAUAAAAGAUAUGUAG